UCAAUAUGUCAUCAAGUUCUGUCAAACCCGACCCUUUAACUUACCAGACUACCCGGUAAACCCUAACAUCUCUCAGUCUCUCCUCCGUCUCGCUCUUUACAACAGACUGAAUUCGACGAGAUCUCCAUCGCAUCCCAUCAUCCCUCUUCAUUUUUAAGGGAAUUCAUGAACUGGGUUUUUCUUUUCAGAGAGGCAUUCUGAUUAGAGUUGCAAUUGGAAUUUUGGGUUGUGUUUUAUGAGGAACUUGGACUGUAGUUAGUUGAAAUUGGGAUAAAAUCAUGGCUAUGAGUCAUAUCAAAACAUUUAGAAGCAUUAUCAACACCAGCGAAGCAGUUGGGAUAGUGUCACGACGAACAUUUGCUAUCGGGGGCGGUAAAGCAAAGAAGGGUUCAAAAGGUGCUGCUCAAGGUGAUGCACCAAAAGCAUCAAAUCUGGACAAAGAAGUUAAGUCUACUACAGUUGUGGGAGCCAAUAUUCUCAAAGACGGAACAGAUCCUAAGAUCUUGCCAGAUGCUGAGUACCCUGAUUGGUUGUGGCGUCUACUUGAUAAACGCCCAGCAUUGAGUGAAUUAAGUAGGAAGAACAUUGAAACUCUCCCGUACAAAGAUCUCAAACGUUUUGUUAAGCUGGAUAACCGAGCAAGGAUCAAGGACAACAACUCUCUUAAGGCCAAGAACUAGUUAGAUAUUUUUUGCUUUGCAAAGAAAUGAACUGAAAAUCGUCAAAAAGGCUGCUUCUGUGUAUGAUUCCAGGGCAGGUUAGAUGUACUUUUAUGUGGAAAUGCUCUUUUGUAUGUUUUGAGUAAUCUCAGUCUUGGAAUUAACUUUUAUUGAUUGCCUCUUCACUGAACAAAUUGGGAAAAAGUUUUUGA